CUUUAGGGUGGCAACAGGUUGGGGGCCCUGCCUUACACUGGGAGGGCCAGCAAGAGGCGUGCUGCUGGUAUCUUCUUCCUGCUACAGCCAGCUGGGGUGCAGGCGAUGGAGCCUGCCGGCAGGUGAGGCAGCCAGGUGGCCAGGCAUGUUUGGAGGCCUAGGGCCUGGGGGCACCCAGGGAAUGGCAGGACCCCUGCGGGGCCGGGUGGAGGAACUGAAGCGGCCCUGGUGGCGGGAGAGCUCACCCCUGGUGCUGCAGCACAGCGAGGCAGCUAGGUUGGCAGCCGAUGCCCUCCUGGAGCGGGGCGAGGCUGCCUACCUGCAGGUCAUCUCCGAGGAGCGGGAGCUGCCCUUCCUGAGCGCCCUGGACAUGGACUACAUGACCAGCCAUGUGCGUGCAGGUCCUGAGCUCAGCGAGCCCCAGGGCCCGGAGGCCUCAGGGCCUGACCGCCUCAGCCUGCUCUCUGAAGUCACCUCAGGCACCUACUUCCCCAUGGCCUCUGAUGUAGACCCUCCAGACCUGGACCUGGGCUGGCCUGAGAUCCCACAGGCCACGGGCUUUAGCCCCACCCAGGCUGUGGUCCACUUCCAGAGGGACAAGGCCAAGAACAUCAAGGAUUUGCUGCGUUUUCUCUUCAGCCAGGCUCGAAAGGUGGUGGCUGUGGUGAUGGAUGUAUUCACUGACAUGGAGCUUCUGUGUGACCUCAUGGAGACCUCAAGCAGGCGUGGUGUCCCUGUCUACCUGCUCCUGGCCCAGGAGCACCUGAAGCACUUCCUGGAGAUGUGCUACAAGAUGGACCUCAAUGGGGGUCACCUGCCGAACAUGCGUGUGCGGAGCACAGGUGGGGACACGUACUGCAGCAAGGCAGGUCGCCGCUUCACUGGGCAGGCCCUGGAGAAGUUCAUCAUCAUCGACUGUGAGCAGGUGGUCGCAGGCAGCUACAGCUUCACCUGGCUUUGCAGCCAGGCCCACACCAGCAUGGUGCUGCAGCUGAGGGGCCGCAUUGUGGAAGACUUUGACCGGGAGUUCCGCUGUCUGUAUGCUGAGUCACGGCCUGUGGAAGGCUUUUGCGGCACUGAGGAUUCACUGUCUCCCCAAGUACCACGUCCUCCCCCAGUGGCCCUGGCCUUUGGGCCUGGCAUCCCAAGCCCUGCGUCCUCGCCCUCUAGCAACAGUCUCAGCAGCAUCAAGCGCUCACCUCUCAUGGGCCACUCUUCCUACCUCGCUCUACCAGGAGGUGGUGGCUGGAGUGACACGGCUAUGGGGUCCUCGGCCCUAGGCCCUGCCCACCGUGAAGGUGGCGGCCAGCCUUCCCUGCAUCGACAGCUGUCAGACCCUAACCAUGGCUCCCCUCACGGGCCCUACAGGGCCAACCUGGGCAAGCUGGGGGCACUCCCAUGGUCCCAGUCCUCCCCUGCCCUCAACCACAGUAGCCCCAGUCCUUUGACCCAGGCAGUGAGGUCACCUCUGCUCCCCCGCCCUCACCCGCUCCUCCACUUCCCCCGGGGAUUUCCAGUUCUGUCCCGGCUCCCAGAGAAUGGGCUUCCAGGAAGCCAGGAGCCUAGUCCCCCAAGAGGUCAGCGGAUACUUGGCACAGCCUUGGAGAUGAAGGAGGAGAAGGCAUCUCUGAGUCAGAGCCAUGGCCAGCUGGACCUUCUAGUCUCAUUCCCUAGAGCCUGCGAGAGAGGUUUUGACCCUGGGGUUACCCCCAACUCAGGCUCCCAUCAGUCAGAUGAGCAGGGUCCAGAGGACAGGAGGCUGUCCCUGAGCCAGGGCUAUAGCCAGCUGGAUCUCCUGCCCCAGACCCAGGGUGCUAGGGGUGGCGCUGAGUCAGGUGCCGUCAGACAUGGUGAUGUAGCCCCAGAGGACAGGAUGCUGUCCCCAAAUCACAGCUAUGGCCAACUGGACCUCCUGAUACAUGACUCCAAGGCCAAGGGUUCCAGAGUGCCUGCUGAAGCUAAUUCCGCAGCCAGACCUGGCAAGCAUGGUCUAGAUGAGCGAAGACAGACCCUGGGCCACAGCCAGCUGGACCUCAUCACCAAGUUUGGCCCAUUCCGGAGUGAGGGGCCUGGGCCCAAUGGUCUCCCAGGACCCAGCCCUCCUUGCAUGGCUGGAGUAGGCAGUGGAGAUGAGAAACGGCUGACUCUGGGCCACAGCAAACUGGACCUCAUCACUAAGUACCACCAGCUUCAGGGGGUCAGGCAGGACCCUGAGCCUGUCUUAUCUGGGGGCCCCACUCGUGGUCAUCAGAAUGGUAGUAGCAAUGACCUAUCUGACAAUGAGAAACGGCUGACUCUGGGCCACAGCAAACUGGACCUCAUCACUAAGUCCAACAAGUCCAAGUUCAAGCUGCUCCGAAGCCGCUUUGAAUCCUAGUCUUGCUUCUUCCAUCCCAAGACUGUACUUGCUCAGGUUAUGGACCCUGGGGGUGGGGGUGUAAAAAUGGGGCUGCACAGCAAGGAGAGGCAUCUAGAAGUCCAGGUUAGACACUCCCUGGACUCAAGAUUCUCAAUACACACACACACACACACACACACACACACACACAGAGGAGUGAAGGGAAAUCAGAGUUACUUAGUGCCAACUUACUGUAUGUCUCUAUGCUGGGCACUUCAGACUAAUUACUCUUCUCAUCCAUCAUAUUCACAACAACCUAAAAGAUGGGUUUCCUGUUGGUACAUAGUUAUAGGAUGAUAGAUAAUAUUUUCCCUUUACAUAAAUGUGUGAGCUGAGGCCCAGGGAGUUUGGAUGGCCUAAUUGGACGUGAGUCAAAAUAAAUGGUGAAGUAAAAACUUUGCCAGACCUAUGUCCACUGGUUUGGUUCUAAAGAUUGCGGUUCUUGCAAAUGGCACACGACAUCUACACUUCAUGUGUCUCAUUCACACAAAAUACAAACAGGACAGAGACCCCCAAAUUCCCAUACACAGCACACUGUCAGAGUAGGGAGAACGCUCAUAAACUGCACACCCAUAGAUGCACAUAGCAAGUACACAUGGGUCGUGAUAAAAUCCAACACUUGAUACUAUAGUUGAGGCUAUUGAAUAAAUGUCAUUUGGAGAAAUGAUUACACAAAACACACACAUUCAGUGUACACUACAGUCCCCUCAGUAUACACAAACUGCAAAUACGAAUAUGACUCAAAACACACAUGCACGCGCGUGCACACACACCAACUACUGUUUAUACUUAAGCUAUGUCACCAGUCUUAUACUGUGCAUUCCCUAGGAUUGAUAGAUAAAUCAGACCCAGACAAUGUAGGAUGAGGAUUAAAUGUGUAAGCCACAGGAUAACAAGAUACGGCUGUGUCAAAUGAAAAGCUAACCAGAGGAUGAUAAGUCAUGGAGAUGGUCACGAAAGUUUUUUAGAAGAGUCAGUCUUUAAAAGGGUGGAGAGGUUUCAGAAACAUGGAGGAGAGAGAAAUUCUUGGUAAAGCAAGUCACACGAAGGGAGGAGCACAGAAGGAAUGAGUGGGUUUGAAGACAAAUAGAGCAUGUAGGUACUCAGAAGCACACAUGCACACAUCAUCUUGCCAAGUGUCUCUUAGAGCAGCCUGUAACAAAUUAUGUGCCUUUUUCCUGGGUUCGCCACCUGUUUGGAAGAGAGUAUGUAAUACAAAUAAAUAAAGGAAGACAUGGCUAGAA